GAAAAAAGCCAGACCCAUGGUUUCCCGGCGGGUUUAUGCUCAAGCCUUGGCAUGGGCGGUCACUUAGUCGGCGGAGCUUACGGUUCGAUGAUGCGCAAGUUCGGCCUCGGUGCUGACAAUGUACUCGACGCCAGAAUCGUCGACGCCAAUGGUAAGAUCCUUGACCGUGCUGCGAUGGGAGAAGACGUUUUCUGGGCGAUUCGCGGAGCUGGCGGCGGUAGUUUCGGAGUGAUCCUCGCUUGGAAGAUCAAGCUCGUACCGGUUCCAGCCACCGUGACGGUAUUCACAGUAACGAAGACGCUUGAGCAAGACGGGACUAAUGUAUUGUACAAAUGGCAACAAGUCGCUGAUAAGCUUGACGAUGAUCUCUUCAUCCGCGUGAUUAUUUCUCCGGCGAGAAAAACCACCGGAUCGGCAGAUCGAACCAUCUCGAUGUCGUUCCAAGCUCAGUUUCUCGGCGACUCUAAUCGUCUCUUGGAGAUAAUGCAGAAGGAUUUCCCUGAGCUAGGACUGACCGAGAAGGACUGCACUGAGAUGAGCUGGAUCAAAUCAGUGAUGUACAUUGCCGGAUUCCCAAACAGUGCAGCACCAGAAGCUUUACUAGCCGGUAAAUCAUUGUUCAAGAAUCACUUCAAAGCCAAAUCAGACUUUGUGAAAGAGCCAAUUCCAGUAGAAGGCUUAGAAGGAUUAUGGAAGAGGUUUUUAGAAGAGGAUUCGCCUUUGACGAUAUGGAACCCUUACGGAGGAAUGAUGUCGAGGAUCUCCGAGUCAGAGACACCUUUCCCUCACAGGGAAGGGACGUUGUUCAAGAUUCAGUGGCUAAGCACUUGGCAAGAUGGGGAAGCGAGUGAGGCCAAGCAUAUGAAGUGGAUUAGGGAAAUGUAUGAUUACAUGGAGCUGUAUGUGUCCAAGAACCCGAGACAGGCGUAUGUGAAUUACAGGGAUCUUGAUUUGGGGACUAAUAAGGAAGAGAGUGAUGCUAGAGAGUGGGGGGCUAAGUAUUACAAAGGGAACUUUGACNGUAUUGUACAAAUGGCAACAAGUCGCUGA